AUGUCGGCCUACGCCCUUCUCCUGCUCGAAAACACCUAUCUCCCGGGCAUUCUUGCCGUCCGCAAGGCCCUCUCUGACACAAACGCCCAAUUCCCGGUGGUCCUCCUCUACUCAGCCAAAAACGUCAACAAAGACACAAUUGCCUUGUUUACUGCCUCGGAGCUGUUCUCGGACCUCAUCGACAUCGACGACAACCUUCUCGUGUCCAACUCCCCCCACACACUAGAAUCCGUCCUCAGCCGGCCGGACCUGGCAUACACGCUCUCCAAAAUCAACCUGUGGCGACUGGUAGAGUACUCGAAGCUCGUGUAUCUCGACGCAGACACUUUGCCCUUGCAAAACCUAGACCAUUUGUUUGCGGAGAAUUUCGACGCCUCGCAGGUCAUGGCGGCGCCCGACUGCGGCUGGCCGGACCUGUUCAAUUCCGGGUUUAUGGUGCUGCAACCGAACAUGACGGUAUUCCAGGAAUUGAUGGACCUGUACGCUUCGACGGAGUCGUUCGACGGCGCCGACCAGGGCCUGCUCAACCACUACUUCAACCCCGACCUGUACCACGGCGGCACCUCGCGCUGGCUGCGACUGCCGUUCAUCUACAACUGCACGCUGAACUCGCACUACGAGUACUUCCCGGCUAUGCAGCGCUACUUCCACGAUAUCAAGCUUUUUCAUUUCAUAGGCGACAAGAAGCCGUGGGACCCGAACUACGGCGAGCAGUUGCGCAGGGACCCCUCGCUGUUCAAGGUCGCAGACAACAAGAACGUUUAUGAGCUUUGGCAUGAGGUCUAUGAGUCGAUUGAGAUGGACAGACAGUCUCAGCACGAGGUUCGGCAAACCACCGAAGUACUCGAGCCAGAGCAUGUUGAGACUGUCGAGGCCGUGGAGACUGCGGUGGAGCCCCAGCCAGAGCCACCUGUUGUUCACCACCAAUACUACUACAAGGAGCCAGAAUCGGAGCCAGAAAAGUACGAAGAGAACCGUGGCGAGGCAUGGAAGCUCAACGAGUCGCGGGGGCCAAACAAAUGGGAGGACUCUAGCGAGUCCGAGGAGGAGGAGGAGGACGCUGGAGAGCUGGACACUAGAGAGCUGGCGCGCUCGCUAUCACAACUGGACGUUGAGACUCCGCAGGACGACUACGCUGCAAAACACCCGAUCUUCCCGUGGGAGAAAUCCCCCGCCAGACAGAAGCCUACACGCUCGUUCAGUGCGAGAACGGCGCUACCGUCAACGCUGACGAAGAUUCCGUUCACGGCCGCGUUUGACAACGGCGCGGAGCUGGAAAACUACAUUGCCAGCAGGGAGCAGACCGAGCGGCCCGAGACGCUGCAGGAGAUCGAGCAGGACGAACAGCUGGACGAGCAGGAGUCCCAGGAGCUGGAAAAAUUAGCACCUUAA